AUGGAGUAUAUCGGUGAUGGGGAUGGAGUUCUUAGACAGCAACAGUAUUCUCUGAUCUGCUGUUGCCGCUGCGGUCUUCAGAUUGAACCAAAUCCGACAAACAUGUGUGUCAACUGUCUUCGGUCUGACGUGGACAUCACUGAGGAUAUCCCAAAAAGCAGUGCCUUGUCAUUUUGUCGUGGCUGUGAAAGGUACCUCCAGCCCCCAAACCAGUGGGUGAAAGCAACGCUGGAGUCCAGAGAGCUCUUGUCUGUUUGCUUGAAGAAACUGCGAGGUCUUAAAGAGGUCAAGCUGGUUGAUGCAGGUUUUGUGUGGACUGAACCACAUUCCAUGAGGAUUAAAGUGAAGCUGACAGUGCAGAAAGAGGUAAUGAAUGGAGCCAUGCUGCAGCAAACAUUUGUGGUGGAAUACACUGUCCAGUCUCACAUGUGUGAUGAUUGCCAUCGGGUGGAGGCUAAAGAUUUCUGGCGGGCGGUUGUGCAGAUUAGACAGAAGUGUGAGCACAAGAAGACCUUCUUCUACCUGGAGCAGCUCAUCCUGAAACAUAAGGCUCAUCGUAACACGGUCAACAUCAAACCGAUGGCAGACGGACUUGAUUUCUUCUUCACAAAACAAGAUGAUGCUAAAAAACUUGUGGAGUUUUUGUCUGCAUUUGUGCCUUCUAGAUAUGUAACAGGCAAGGAGCUCAUCUCUCACGAUGUUCACACCAACAAGUAUAACUACAAGUACACUAUCUCAGUGGAGAUUGUGCCCAUCUGUAAAGAUCAUAUAAUCUGCCUACCUCCAAAGACAGCCCAGGCGAUUGGAAGCAUCAGUCCUUUGUGCAUCGUUACCAGAGUCACACAAGGCAUUCACGUUAUUGAUCCACAUACACUGCAAGUGGCUGAGCUGAGUGCUAACCAGUACUGGAGGAGCCCCUUCCCAACCCUAGUGUCCCCAAAGCAGCUGAUAGAGUUCAUGGUGAUGGAAGUGGAGGUUGUACCAGAGAGGGACAGACCUCAUCGACACCGCACGUCAAACAAGCAUGUCCUGGCUGAUGUCUAUGUGGCCAGAUUAAGCGACCUUGGAGUUAAUGACCGCCAAUUUCACUGUCGCACUCACUUGGGUCAUAUUCUCAAAGUCAGUGAUAUUGUUCUCGGGUUUGACUUUGCUAAUGCAAACCUGAACCAUGAACAUUUUGAGAAGCUGAAGUCGGAAAGGAUUCCAGAUGUGAUGCUCGUGAAGAAAGUAUUUGACCGGACAAAGAGAAUGAGAAACAGGAAGUGGAAACUGAAGCGAUUUGAUGGAGCUGACCUGGAGACUGAGAGUGUUACAAAAGAUUAUAAUGAUUUCCUGGAUGACUUGGAAGAAGACCAGGCUAUCAGAGAAAAUGUCAACAUCUACAAAGAUGCAACAAAGAUCACAGUAGAAGUCGAUGACACCGAUGAUGAAGGGGCUCCACAGAUCAGCCUCCAGGAGAUGCUGGAAGACCUGCACAUCUGUGAGGAUGCCACCGGUGGCGAAGGAGCUCCCAUGAUGGAAUGA